GCUGUCGUUUGCUCUCUCCGCACAAUUGGACUCGUGUCUCAUUCGCUGUCCUCGCUGUCCUGCGCGCCGACCACGUCCGUGGACUGCCCUCCUUCCGUUCUAUGCUCAGACUCGACCCCUUCGACAGCGACGACGCCGAGAUUCAUCUGCGCCAAGAGCCCCAGUUCGCAACUCAAUAUACAACACCCGUCUCCUGUCGGACAGCUCAGACGCCAUAUGCGGCGGCCGAAACGCCCUUCGAGGACCACAGGUCCAAGAAGCGCAGGAUUGACCGCGCUUGCGACUUUUGUCGCAGGCGGAAAACCAAGUGCGAUGGCCCCAAGAUGCACGGCAACGUCUGCACAAAUUGUAUCCAGACAGGCAGGACGUGUACUUACGUCAUCUAUGUCGCGCUUAGAGAGAGUUCAAAACCUCGAGGGCCGCCGAAGGCAUAUGUCGUGGCUCUAGAAGACCGCAUAGAGCAGAUGGAAGCCUUACUGAAAAGACUCCGUCCGGAAGCCGAUUUUACUACUGAAAUUGGCCCUCCCGUCAUUCGCGUCAAAACAACUGGUCGCACGGAAGGCUUUGGGGUAGCCUCAAGCAGUCACAAUUUACUGCCCCUUGCAGCAGCUAUUCCUCGUCCUGGGUCGCCCUCCGGAGAAUCCAACCCACAAGGAUCAGGUUUCCAGCGCUCAUCGCCGCCUGGGCCAAAGCGGUCUCGUAAACUCAAGUCGCGGAAGUCAUGCCCCCUCGUUGAUCCGCAGAUGGCCUAUGUCACCGACGAACCGUCCUCCACUUCCUCUCUGUCUGAAUCAGAAGAGGAAGACUCCGCGGUUGAACUGAGCCUCGUGCAAGGCAUCACUCAAUUGACAUUACACGGGCUCCGCCCAGCUAAUGUCGCUUCAGCGCAAGCUGUCGACGGGCAAUGGCGAUUCCACGGGAAGAGCAGCUCGUUCAAGCUCAUCAACACCGCACGAGAGCUCAAGCAGCGACACUUGGACGAGGUAACGGGGUCUUCCCUGCCAUCAUCACCUGCCCGCUCUUCCCCCGAGCAAGCCCGUCCUGGCUCCCGGACCGGGGCCUUCGCUCCCAGGCGUGCGCACUAUUGGGAUUCUCUUCCUUGGGAAAUCUCCUUUGAAGGUGCUGAUUAUUCGGUGACACCGCCGUUCAUCAUGUCGUACUUUCCUCCUCUUGAUCUGGCGGAGAGCCUCAUCGAGCUUUACUUCGCACGGAACAAUAGCCUCUUCCCGCUCCUCCACCGCCCCACAUUCCAGAAACAGUGGAGAUCCGGCUUAUACAAAGUCGACGUGUGGUUUGCUUGCGUGUGCAUGGGCCUGUUUGCGGUGGCCAGCCGGUGGAGCGACGACCCUCGAAUUCUUCCGGAUGGGACCGCACCCACUGCGCCGGACGGGUCUGACAACGGUGCAUGGGCACUAGCGGGAUGGACAUUCGUCGAUGUAGCCUUAGGUGUGCUCAAUCUGAUGGGAAUGUAUUUCCGUGGGACGAUCGGACAUGCGGAGUCCUGGACGCUCAUCAGCAUUGGUAUCAUCAAGGCACAGGACGUGGGCGCACAUCGCCGGAAGGUGUACGGCCGCAAGCCGACUGUCGAGGAGGAGCUCUGGAAACGGACCAUAUGGCAUCUCAUUGCCAUUGAUCGCCUAGGCAGUCUGCUCAUAGGUAGACCGUGCUGCUCCAGAGACGAAGACUUCGAUCUGGACUUGCCAAUGGAAGUUGAUGAUGAAUAUUGGGAAACCGAUGAUCCCGAUUUAGCGUUCCAGCAACCUCCCGGAAAGCCCGCGAUCAUGACUGCCUUCGUCUACUGGGUCCGCUUGAGCCAAAUUUCGGCCUUCGUCUUAAGGACGCUGUAUGUCAUUGGUAGGUUCAAGCAGCCUCUGGGCCUCGUGGGGCCCCGUUGGAGGGAGCAGGUCAUCGAGAGACUCAACAAGGCGUUGCUUGAAUGGAUUGAGAGUCUACCUCCGCACUUGAGGUGGUCGCCUGAGAUGGACAACGACGUCUUCGCGUCUCAAUCUGCGAUGCUCUAUCUCACAUACUACAUCGUCCAGAUCACCAUCUACAAGCCUUUCUCUCUAUCCCACGGGCUCACCGAAGGAUCGCUCGCGGCGCUUGCGAUAUGCGCCAAUGCGGCAAAGGCCGGAACACGCAUUCUGGAGGUGUUGCUCCUCAGAGGACUCCCGCGAUAUACUGUUGCGGUACACUUCAGCUUCGUCUAUGCCGGUGUCCUGCUCGUCAACUUGUGGGCACAGAUCGCGAAGGACGCUGAACAGAUGGGUCGUGGUUCUAUGGCUGACGACUCUGCCGUACCGCCAGCGCUAGAAGAGCAGGCUAGGGACCUCUUUUCUCUGUUGGGCAUGCUCAGUAGCAUGAGGCCCAGAUGGGAGCUCGCACGUCAAGCGUUUGACGACAUCAUGCAAGCACUUCCGCCUUCUUUGCUUCCUAUAGCUAUGGCGCGAUUCGAACCUACGUCGGAAGAGAGCCAAGCGGCGGAGGAACCCGCCGUCGUGUACAACGGCGAUAGCGGUGCUGACGAACCACCAUAUCGAUUCUAUUAUCCAUCUGCGGGCCCCUCUUCUUACGCCUACUCCAGCCAAUCGCAAGCGGCGGAGGCUGCGCCGUCUAUCCAGUUGCAUUCGGAUCAUCCAUACAUGUCGAACAAUCAACCUGAAAGACCACCGUCAGUACAGCGUCCAGAGGCAUGGCAUAUGCCUGCAUAUGCUAUGGGGGCAUUUGGCCACGCGGACCCUACGCAUUCGUCCUCUGGGGAAGGGAUUCACAUCAACAGCCAUGACCUGCCUCUGCACGAUGUCAGGCACCACCGGCCCACCGAUCGCGGUCUGCAUAUGGCCUCGUCCAUGAGCGGUAUUGGCGGACAAACAUCAUCCCAUUUGCCUCACAUCAUGGGUGGCGGCGAAGCUGGCUACGGUGAGCUGCCGUACGUCAAGGUCGAGCGUAGCGACGACGUGGUGUCUUCGCACAUGCUAUGUCUGGAGGGAGGAUACCAACACCAACACCAUUUUGACGGAGAGGAUCCGGCACAGUGGCGACGUGGGACGACGGGUGCGUGAGAUCCACAAUGGCAGUCAUGACCCUCUGACCUCGUGUGCGUACGGACGUGGGUCGCCGUCGGCCGGUCCAGUUGCAGGUAAAGGUGGGCAUUGUUUACAGAAGGGCUUGAUCCGGAAGGUGUGAACAUUCUAGUGUAAGCAUGCUGCCCUUUUAUGUAUUAACUAUGAUACUGCUGUGUCUUCGACGUAUUCCGUUAAUGUAUACUAUGAUAGUGUUCGUACUAUGUACUAUAAUGUUCACGGCCGCCGUUGUACUUGAUGAUGUGGAUCAAGGACUCACGAUUC